CCCACUUGUUUUCUCAUCCUUCAUUUCCAAACAUAUCUCAUUUAUAGUUUACUAUUGAAAGAUGAGUUUGAAAAUGGCAAUACUGAUCCUAGGCCUGCUGGCCAUGUUCCUUUUGGUCUCCUCAGAGGUGGCAUCCACGAAUUCAAAAGAGGUGACAAAUGGAGUUGAAGAUGCCAAAUAUCCUGGUGGAGGCUAUGGUGGGGGUUACCCAGGCAAUGGCGGUGGUGGCUAUCCUGGCCGUGGUGGUGGCUACCCUGGUCGUGGUGGUGGCUAUCCAGGUCGCGGUGGUGGUUACCCUGGUCGUGGUGGCGGCUAUCCAGGCCGUGGAGGAGGGUAUUGUCGCUAUGGCUGUUGCGGUGGCCGGACAUACAAUGGAGGUUGUAGAAGGUGCUGCUACUACGCCGGUGAAGCUGUUGCUGCACAAACUCAGGAUAAGACUCACAAUAUGGGUUUGAAGAUGGCGUUACUGAUCCUAGGCCUUUCCCUCAUGCUCCUUUUGGUCUCCUCUGAGGUGGCAUCCACGAAUACAAAAGAGGAGGCAAAUGGAGUGGAUGAUGCCAAAUAUCCCGGUGGAAGCUAUGGAGGGGGUUACCCAGGUCAUGGCGGUGGCGGUUAUCCUGGCCAUGGCGGUGGCGGUUAUCCUGGCCAUGGCGGUGGUGGUGGCUAUCCUGGUCAUGGUGGUGGCCACCCUGGUCAUGGUGGCGGCUACCCUGGCCGUGGUGGUGGAUACUGUAGGCAUGGCUGUUGCGGUGGCCGGACAUACAACGGAGGUUGCAGAAGGUGCUGCUAUAACGCUGGCGAAGCUGUUGCUGCACAAACUCAAGAUAAGCCUCACGAUUAAGACGAUGCAGUUCUACUUAAUUAGUACUUUUGAUAUUUUAAUUUCAUGAAAUAAAACAGCUUGUGACUGGAGAGGCAUGGAUUCUCAUCAUGCAUGAGUCCAUGAUCUUUCAUACCACUAGAGAUAUUUCGCAAGUAGAAAUUAAGAGUGUUGUUGAAUGUAUAAUAAUACACGUCUUCGUGCCUGUGUGAUGAGUUUAAGAGAAAAUUAAAAUAAAUUGGUGAAUAUCAUCUAUUGUA